GGGCGGGGCCGUGCGCGGCGGGGCGGCGGCGCUCGCGCAGGAACACGAAUUGCUCUGAAGGGCUUAAGAUUGUGUGAAAAAGAUGUUUCCUUUAAAAGACACUGUAAUGGGUGCCUCCACCUUCUUUGCCUCAGCUCUGCCACAUGAUGUCUGUGGAAGUAAUGGGCUUCCUCUAACACCUAACUCCAUAAAAAUUCUGGGGAGAUUUCAAAUCCUUAAAACAAUCACCCAUCCCAGACUUUGCCAGUACGUUGACAUUACCAGAGGUAAACAUGAGAGACUGGUUGUGGCAGCUGAACACUGUGAAAAGAGUCUGGAAGAUUUGCUACGAGAAAGAAAGCCUGUCAGUUCUUCAAGGAUCUUAUGCAUAGCAUAUGAGGUUUUGCAAGGUUUACAAUAUAUGAACAAGCAUGGAAUGGUCCACCGAGCACUCUCCCCUUGCAAUAUUCUUUUGGAUCGGAAGGGACACGUGAAGUUGGCUAAAUUUGGACUCUACCAUAUGACUGCUCAAGGUGUUGAUGUUGAUUUUCCUAUAGGGUACCCAUCAUAUCUGGCACCUGAAGUAAUUGCACAGGGAAUAGGCAAACCAAGUGAUCACACUCAGUGUGAGAAGCCUCUGCCCUCUGGCCCUAAAUCAGAUCUGUGGUCUCUUGGUAUAAUAUUAUUUGAGCUUUGCAUGGGGAGAAAAUUAUUUCAGAGUUUGGAGAUAGCAGGAAGAUUGAAAUUUAUACUUAUGUUAGGCUGUGUAGAUGAUGUUGUAACUGUAUUGGCUGAAGAACACGGUUGCCUUGAUAUUAUUAAGGACCUUUCUGAAAAUGUUAUUGUUCUUCUAAAGAAAUGCCUUACAUUCCAGCCUUCUAAGAGGCCAACUCCAGAGGAAUUGCUACAUGACAGUUUGUUCAGUGAAGUAUCCUCACUAUAUCCUCCCUUCCACAAACCUGCUGGUCUGUUCUCAUCUUCUCCAAGGUGUGCCAAUUUAACACUACCUGAAGACAUAAGUCAAUUAUGUAAAGAUGAAGAUAAUGAUUACCUAGCAGAAAGGUCAAUUGAAGAGGUUUAUUAUCUGUGGUGUUUGGCUGGAGGAGACUUGGAGAAAGAACUUGUCAACAAGGAAAUCAUUCGAUCAAAGCCACCUGUCUGCACACUUCCCAACUUUUUAUUAGAAGAUGGUGAGAGCUUUGGGCAAGGACGAGAUAGAAGUUCCCUCCUAGAUGAUACAACUGUGACUUUGUCUCUGUGCCAGCUUCGAAAUAGACUAAAGGAUGUUGGUGGAGAAGCAUUUUAUCCAUUGCUUGAAGAUGACCAGCCAGCUUUGCCUCAUUCCAACAGCAGCAAUGAGCUCUCUGCAGCUGCUACUCUUCCUCUGAUCAUCCGGGAGAGGGACACAGAGUACCAGCUAAAUAGAAUUGUCCUGUUUGACAGGCUGUUGAAGGCCUACCCGUACAAGAAAAACCAAAUUUGGAAAGAAGCCAGGAUUGACAUCCCUCCCCUUCUGAGAGGCAUAACCUGGGCAGCCUUGUUGGGUGUUGAGGGUGCCAUAGAAGCAAAAUAUGAUGCCAUUGAUAAAGACACACCGAUUCCUACAGACAGACAAUGUUGCAAGAUUGCUGUAGUGCUGCCGCACUCAUCCCAAUUUCUCUUUGUAUGCUUGGCUGUGGUGCAGAUUGAAGUUGAUAUUCCUCGUUGCCAUCAGUAUGAUGAACUGCUGUCAUCACCAGAGGGUCAUGCAAAGUUCAGGCGUGUAUUGAAGGCCUGGGUUGUUUCCCAUCCUAAUUUGGUGUACUGGCAAGGUCUUGACUCUCUCUGUGCACCGUUUCUGUACUUGAAUUUUAACAAUGAAGCUCUGGCAUAUGCCUGUAUGUCUGCUUUUAUUCCAAAGUAUUUGUAUAACUUCUUUCUGAAGGAUAAUUCUCAUGUUAUUCAAGAGUACCUGACAGUGUUUUCCCAGAUGAUUGCAUUCCAUGAUCCAGAGCUGAGUAACCACCUCAAUGAAAUUGGGUUUAUUCCAGAUCUUUAUGCGAUUCCUUGGUUCCUUACAAUGUUUACACAUGUCUUUCCUUUGCACAAAAUUUUUCACUUGUGGGAUACAUUACUGCUUGGAAAUUCCUCCUUCCCAUUUUGUAUUGGAGUUGCCAUACUUCAACAGCUGAGGGAUCGUCUUCUGGCCAAUGGAUUCAAUGAAUGCAUUCUCCUUUUUUCAGACUUGCCAGAGAUCGAUAUCGAGCGCUGCGUUCGCGAGUCCAUCAGCCUGUUCCGCUGGAGCCCGAAGAGCGCCACGUACCGGCAGUACGCGCAGCCGCCCCGGCCGGAGAGCGCCCGCGGCUCCCUGUCCUGCCUGUCCGCCGACUACCAGGAGGCUCCGCGGGGUGACCUGUCUAGGGACUCCAUCAAGUUGGAUGAUCUGAAGGCAGAGGUGUCCCCACGAAUUUCAGCAGAAGAUCUGAUUGACUUGUGUGAGUUGACAGGACCUAGCCUUUCCAAAACACCUGUAAAGAAAACGAAGCCUAGCAAGCCAAAGCUGCUGGUGGUGGACAUCCGUAACAGCGAAGACUUUAACCGUGGCCACAUUUCUGGCAGCAUCAAUGUCCCUUUUGCAUCAGCAUUUACUGCAGAAGGGGAUCUCAUCCAGUGCCCAGCAACUGCCACACUGCAGAGCUUUAAGGGAAGAGUUGUGGUGAUUGUAGGAAAUGCAGUGAAGAACACAGCUGCUUUUGCAGCUCAUCUGGUGAAAAACAAAUACCCAAGGGUCUGCAUCCUUGAUGGAGGAAUCAACAAGAUCAAGCCAACUGGUCUCCUCACUGUUCCUUCUCCACAAAUCUAAGUGGCUGUAAACAUUCAGGAUAAUCUGAAGAGAAAGUCCUGCCUACAACACAGAUAUCCUGAACCCAAAGGGCAUUAUGGUAUCUUCACAAGCUAUCCUGAUGAUCAGUGUCUUAUCCUGCAGCCGUAGAGCCCAGAAGUUUUGUGUUUGUUCUUUUGUGUAGAACUUCAGUUGGAACUGAUCCAAACUGAAGCUUUAAGCUUUCCAAGAAACCUCUUUCAGCACUGAUGCAGUGCAGAAGAGCUUGGGCAAGUCUGAACACAGAGAGAGGAACUCAUCUGACUUUUGUUAUCUUGUAUUUCUGUGGAACAUAAUUAACUGGCACUUGAUGGCUCCAAGGUGGACUUAGAUUAUUUGAAAAAGUAUUUUACUGUGAAUAUUGAAAGUAGCAAAAUUAAACUGUACCAUGUAUAUUGUGUGAAAAAGUGUGCUCCCUAAUAUUUGAAAAGUAAUUGCUGUACCUUCUGACCUGCUUUAUUUCUGAGAAAGUGUGUUUUUCAUCUGGUUUAUAAAUAAAGAUGUGUCCCAAAUUGAAAGUCACUGUAAG